CUAGCAACAGCGCCAUCUUGAUUUUAUUGUUUACGUCUCCAAUGAUGGCGACGGCUCCUGGUUUUGGGUAGACUUUGACAGGAGUUUUGGUCUGAAUCAGGUACACUGGAGGAUUCAAGAUGACGGAGAUAUUGUGUAGAUGGUUGAACGACGAGGUGAAGCUGUCAAAGCCCGUCGACAACAAGACCUUUUCGAAAGAUUUCUCCAAUGGCUACCUCAUUGGGGAGUUGUUGGCCAGAUACCAGCUGCAGAAUGACUUUGACAAGUUCUCACAGAACAGGACCGCAGAGUCAAAACUUAAUAACUUCACGCGGCUGGAGCCGACACUGCGACUGUUGGAGGUUGACUUCGACACCAACAUCGCUCACUCUAUCAUGACGGAACAGCACGGUGUCGCAACAAGGUUGCUUUACCAGCUCUUCAUUGGCCUCGGGAGAAAACAGAAAGCCAACCUGACUGGGGUUGCCAUGGAGACCAUGAGGCCGGCCGCGCCCGUCAAGCUGGAGGGAAUAGAGAGUGAAAUAUACAAGGAGAGACUGAAGAUCCUGACUCCCCGCCAGACGGACCAGAACCUGGGGAAGCUCCAGGCCAGGUUUGACGACAAGUGGGCGCGCCACGAGCAGACCAUGUUCCGGGAGAAAAUGGAGGAGGAGCAGAGGUACCGCCGCCUCCAGUCGGAGGAGAGUCAAAAGGCUGUGGAGAAGGCUAGGAUGGCGCGGCAGAAACAGACGGAACUCCUGGCCAAGCUCAGAGCUGCCACAGUGGAGAUCCCCAAACCUCCCCCCAGUAAGACUCUGAAGGCCAUCAAGCAGAGGAAGGAGGCACGGAGGUUCAAGGAAGCAGAGGACACCAGGGUCAUGAUCAAGGACUUUGAGAACAAACUGAAGUCUCAGCAGAUCGCCACCUCGGGAAUGGACGAUGGCAGUAGUGAGCUGGCUUACAGUGUCACUACAGAGGACCUGGAGUACAAACCGCCCCCUGUCGACCUCAUACAGCCUGGUGCCAAUGAUGACUAUAUCGGGAAGAUCAAGCGUCGUCUGGAGGAGGACUCUAAGGCUCGAGAGGAGAGGGAGAAAAGGCGGAGGAAAGUCCUGGUGGAUCAGCUGAAGGCACAUGAUGCACAGGAGGAAGCACAUCGUGAGGAGAUGCUGGUGAACCGACUGAUGCGCCAGUCUCAGCAGGAGAGGCGGAUUGCUGUCCAGCUGCUGCAGGCUCGCCACGAGAAGGACAUCAUCCGCAAAAACAGAAUAUUCCUUGAGAAGCAGUAUGAUGCAAGGAGGGUAAAAGACUUUGAAGAUGCACUCAACAAGGAGAAGGAACUUGCUCAGCUUGCAAAGCUGGAGUAUAUUGAGCAGACCAAGGCUGAGCAAGAGCUCCACGACAGGAUCGCAGCCGAACGUGCCGAACAGCGAUACCGCAAACACUACGACAUGUGCAUGGAGGUCACCCUGCAGAUCGUGGACUAUGCCACCAAGUUUGGGGAGUACAGGGAGCUAACAGAAAAGCUGGUACCACCAAAGCUGUUCCGGGAGUGGACCCAGCUGUUCAUCGAGGGCCAUCCGUUGUACGAGGAAAGGCACAUGGCGCAGGAUUCUCCAGACCCCACAGCAGAGGGCAGCGAGCCCACACCGGAGCAGAUUAUUGAAAUGGAGAAGCAGAAACUCCUGAAUGAUGGAGAUUUCAAGGAGUAUAAGGAGAUGAUGGGUGAGUGGGAGCCUCCUGAUGGUUCAGAAAUCAACAACGAGAAGAACAACAACGUGGUGGGACACAUCGUGCAGAGGAUCUUCAACAUUGUUUCUCCCCCAAAGCCACCGCCCCCUCCCCCAGAGUUUCCCCCCUUCCCUGUGCGAGCGUGUGCUGUCGGCAAGCUGUUUGGCGGCAAGUCUUCAGCUCUCAGGAUACUUGCAGAGAGCCAUCGUCUGGCAGUGCUGUCUCCAGAUCAGCUGGUCACAGAGGCAGUGGAAGCCUUCAAGAAUGGAGAAGUGCUGGAGGAUGUCACGCCUUCAACGUCAGAUGAGGUGUUUGAGGAGGUGCAGGCAGCAACAGAAGUCACGCCGGCAACCGUACUGUCCGACAAGCCAGAAGGGGCGGUUCCUGCACAGGAAUCUGUGCCAGGUAUAACCCCCCAGCCCAGUGUGACAACAGUAGUGGAACCUGCCACUCCUGAAUCCUCUGAGAAGAAGGCUGCCUCUGCCAGGCAAGAUGGGGAGGACCAAGAAGGAGAAAAGCUUCCCUUGUCUGGCAGCGCCACUCCCCUGGGUGAGUCCGGUGGUCUCAGUCCUCGGAGCAGUGUUAGGAAAUCUAGCGCCAGGAAGAGCGACAGUUCACACCCUGAGCCCACCACCAGAGCUAAGCUGGGUUCCAAGGCCAUCAAGUCUCUGAGGAGGGGCAAGUCUGUGGACGACCAGAUCCUGGUGGACAUCGUCAUUGAUGCGAUCAGACGGCUACCCGAGGGAACAGGCUGGGUGCUGGAUGGUUUCCCCAUGACUCUGCAACAGGGGAAGCUGCUAGAAAAGGCUCUGACUGGAGCCGAACCGUCAGCAUCUGGCAGCAAGGUUUCCGCCACUACCAGGAAGAUAUCCAAAAAGUCUUCCCUUGCCCUUGACCCCAACCCUGGUAAGGAGCCCCCCUCCCCCCCGCCGGGCAUUGAUGUGGUCAUCCUGUUUGACAUUCCUGAUGACGUUGCUCUGAAAAGGGCUGCAGGCAGAUCAUAUGCCCCCCAAGCUGACCAGCAGUACCAGCAGGAGUUUAACCCCCCUCCCGAGGGCAGUCAGACCGGGCUGGGGAAGACGGAGAAGGUGAUCCCUGUGGAGGACCCUGCACACGACCAGGAACAGGUGCAGCACAGGAUCACAGGUUUCCAUGAUGCCUGGUCCAAGCUGGAGAAGCUGUUUACAAAGAUGGGGAUCCUGUCACGAGUGGACGCUGACAUGGAACAAGCAGAGGUGGUGAAUGAAGUGGAGAGGGUUCUGCAACAUACUUUGGACAAGCUCCAGAACAAAGACAAACCCCCGGAGAUAGUGGAAGACAAAGCGACUGACAUCCCUCCCUUGGAGGUCCCACCAGAGAUGAAGGACGGACCCUCACAGCCGCCCUCCAAGCAGGGGUCACGUGCGGGCUCUGCUCGACCUUCCUCAUCGAAGAAGGACGCAAGAUCACGAUCUGCCUCCCCGAAGGGUCGAAAGUCGCCCAAAGGUUCGGCAAGGGACCGGUCAGGAUCACCCAGCAAGAAGAAAGACAAGCUGGAGGCUCGCGAGAGCAAGUCACGCGACCGGUCCCGUAGUGGCUCCGCAAAGCGGGGAGGGUCUGGGAAGAAGGGAAAGAAGACACCAGUCCCUGAGCCAGAACCAGAGCCGGAUGAGGAGCCCACGGGACCGCCGCCUCCCCAGCCGGGGUCCGAGGAAUGGGAGUACGUCAGCGAACCCAUCACGGAGGAGGUGGCACAAAUCCUGUCCCCCCACUGGGAGACUGUGGAAGGCACGUACGUAGGAGCGAGUAAAGUCAUCUUCCACAAGCUGCGCGAGGAAAGGGAGGCAAUCAUUCGCUAUCUGUAUGCCGCCAGGGAAGACUAUAAGAAGUACCUGAAGCGCCCUGAUGGUAAGCAGGAGUUCCUGUCCCACUGGCAGGAAGACUAUAACAACAUUCCUGAAGACAUGCGGGAGGAUGAAGACACCAGGGCCGAACUGCACCAGAGAGUCGACGACCUGAAGGAGCGUCUGUGGGACAUCUGUGACACCAGGAAGGAGGAGGCUGAGACGGAACGUUCCAAUGUGAUGCACGAGGGGUGGCUGGAGGACCAUCUGGGCACCCUCACCAACCAGUACAUCACUCUCAUGCAGGUCGAGGUGGACCGUUUCCAGGACACAGCCCGCCUGCUGAAGGAUUACUACCGUGCCAUGGAGGGGCAGAUUCCUGAUGAACUGCAGGAGGAGUAUGUCCGCAUUCCGCUUGUUGAGCUGCUGCCCACAGAGAGGCCUGGAUCCCAGGCUAAGAGUGUUGCCAGUGACACCGGCACCCAGCCGCCCGCCUCGCCUGAGAGCAAGGCUGGGAGGGGGAGGAAAGGGAAGGAGGAAAAGGGGGAUGACUCUGCUGGGGAGGAGGAUGACAGGCCAAGGAUCCCCUUGGUGCCCCGCCGCCCCCGGUCUGCCGACCUUCAGUCCGGACAGACUAAAGCAGCCAAGGGCAAAGGAGGGAAGAAGGAAGACAAGAUCGAGAGUCCGUCCCCACCCCUGGACCCUGACGAGAGGCUGAUCUUUGAUGCCUAUGCCCAUGGUAUCCACGCUGUCAAUGGCUUGAUUUCUUCGGAGCAAGCUGCCCGAGAAGCCGAGGAGGAGGCGGAACGUCUUGCCGCGGAGGAGCGAGAACGUGAGAAAGAGCGGAAAGCCAAGGAGGCGCAGACCAAGACAAAGAAGAAGAGCGGGAAGAAGGGGAAGGGUGCCGCACCUGAACCUGAACCUGAGCCAGAACCUGUUGAGGAGGAGAGCCCAGAAGACAUUCGUAUGAAGGAGGUGAAACAGAAGAUGAGGGUGGAGUAUUUCGGGGCUCUUCACGAGGAGGAGGCACGGCUCAAGAACAGGUUUGAGCUGAUCAAGUUGAAGGCCAUGCAGAUGUUGCAGAGCCUGAAGGCCAAGUCCGAGGGAACAUACCGCGACAUGGAGGACUGGCUCGGGGCCCGCUUCCUGCGCGAGAUGGCCGCCAUCGACCACCUGACGGACAUCGUACGCGAUGCCAUCGAACACAGAGAGAAGGUGCAGCAGGAGCUGGUGCUAUACCAGUAUUCCGGUAUGUCACAGGAGGAUUUCCAGAUCGACGAGGAGCGGAAAGUGUUCCGCACGCCCAGCCCACCCCCGCGGCCCGCCCCAGUGGAACAGCCCCAGCCGGAUGUGUACACCAUCAUCCAGCUCAAGAACCUUUUUAAUCAGUUCAUCAAGGUGGCCCCGUCUGGCCUGAUCUCCAACAAAGCCUUCAUGGACCUGUUUCAGGACCUGACAGCUCUCAUGCAUGGUGAAGAGCUGCUGCCGGAUGUGUGGAUGGGGAUAACUCUACAUCAGCUCCAUGAGAUGACUGUCAUGUUGGCGCCAGACUCGGAGUACAUCGACUGGCGGAAGUUCCUGCUCGCCGCCGCGCAACCCUGGCCAACGCCCAGCCAAACCGAGCUGCUGGAGACGUUAGACCGGUUCAAGGCGGUUGCGGGCGGUUCUAGCACCAUCACUAAGCAGCAGUACCUCCAGGUGGACUUGUGGUUCAAGGGCAUGUCACGGCCCCCCUCCCCAGAGAACCCGUCGGAGCCCAAACCGUACGACCGGUUGGGGAACCUGAGGGACACAUUCUUCGACUUCUUCGCAGACUACAGCACAAGCCCCCCUACCCUGGACUACAUCAGCAUGCUGAUGUACUUUGCUGUAGUUCCGGACGCGGAGGACGGUUUUCUGCGAGCGCUGAGCGUGGCGUGCGGGACCCACAUGCCCAGGUUCCCAAAGAAGACUCCGGAGGGCCUGCCGGACACCAAGAUGACUGAACAACUCACUCAGGCUUUGACCGCCCUGGCGUCGGAUCGGCAGGAGGCAGCCGCACCCGUAGACGGCGGCAUGCAGGCAGCGGGGAUCCCUGAGAGCGCAGUGGAGGCGGUGGUGUCGCUGGAGGCUCUGUUGAAGGUUCUGUACCACGGCGUGAGCACCAUCGGGGACAGCCACAGGUUCAGUGUCACUGCUGACCCCAAGAACCCCUUCUCAAGGGAGCGACUGGAGACCAUGUUUGAGGAGUUGGAGGGAGGGGAGACACAGACCCUCCCCCUGAAGGUGUUAGUGGAACAUCCCAUCAUGCAGGACUGUCUGCACAUGACCCUGAGAUACAAGCAGCCGGAUCUGAAAGCAAUCUUCGCCAUGAGCACUGCGGACAUAGAGACCAGCAGUAUGAGGACCUCUGCUGACUGAGAAUGGCACUGCAGGAACUCAGAAGCUAGGCUUAACCAAACCUUGAGUUAUACAAACUGAAGUACAUAUUGAAUUCUCCUUGUCUUUCAGACAAUAUCAUUAUGGAUGUGAAGUUUUUCUUGAUGUAGAAAUAAUUUCCGUGCUAUUUUUGAUUCAGAUGUCACUUUAAUUCUAAAAAAAAAGAGCUGUUUAGUAGUACAUUUUGUCCUUGUACAGAUGACAGAAAGUGCCUUAAACAUGCACCACAGAAUUCUGCUUUCCACACAUCGGUGUUCAUUUUGUGCUGAAGGUGUGGGUUUAAGUAAUCCAUGUAAACUGCCAAACGAAGAUAUACAUAAAAGUACAUUUUGCUGAACUAUUGUGCGUGUAUAUACACCCUAUGUAUGAAAAUGUAACUCUAUUGAAUAGUACUUUAUACAAAAUGUGGGUUGAAGUGAAAACAAAUUGCCUAAAUUCCUGCCUGAUCACUGUACCUUUUAAGUUUUAUGCUCCUACCUAUUAUUUGAAGCGGGAGUGGAGGUAGAAUGAAGCAGGUAUAAUUUUCAUGGCUGGACAAUAGGCAAGAAAACAAGGAGAUUUUUACAGUAGAGUUUAAAUGUAGCCUGUUUGACACAGUCAUGUAAAGGUUUCAAUGAAAUACACUGUUGGAGUUUGUCACACA